GAAAGUUCAAAAGUAAACGCCAGUCUUCACACUCUCUUUUCUUCAUCUCCCUCCUUCCGACAUUCUCUCUCUUUUUUUCUAUCUCCUUAAACCUCCUCUGCUUCUUCUUCUGCGAUUCUCUGUUUUCCCACGCUCAAAUUUAACUUAAAAUUAACCCAAAAAAUCAAAAAAAGUUCAAAUUUAUCUGUAAAAAUGUCGCGUAAAUCUCUUACUCAACUCUUCUCUAGAUUUAUAUCCCUCGAUCGUCAUCAAGGGGGGAUUAUUGAAGAUGAUUGGGAAUACAUCGAAAUUCUUGACCGAAAAUUCAGUUCGGGCGAUGAAGAAGAUGAUUAUGCCUCCAUGAAUGGGCUAGAGUCCGAGAUGGGUGAUCAAGAAAAGACCAAUUUCAAUGGAAAUUAUAAGAUGAAAUGCAAAGUACUGAGCAAAGCUGAAGUUCGUCAACGUUUGGAAGAUAAUAUAACAAAUGUGUCUACUGUCCUUUUGCUUCCAAGAAAUGAAGCUGCAAUUCUUCUGCAACAUUUCAAAUGGUGUGUCAAUGGAUCCAACGACGAAUGGCUGGCAUGUGAACAGAAGGUACGCGAGGCAGUUGGUCUGUAUGUGAGACCUGUUGAAGAAAUCCCUGCUGAUGCAACUGAAGUUGCUUGCGGUAUGUGUUUGGUAGAUUAUCCAAGAGAUUCGAUGUCUUCUGUUUCUUGUGGCCAUCAAAUCUGCCAUUCCUGCUGGGAAGCCUACAUUAAAGAAUCUAUCAACGAUGGUCCUCGAUGUUUAACACUGCGAUGCCCUGAUUCAUUUUGCGGAGCUGCUGUUGGUUUUGACUUUAUAGAACGGUUGUUAUCUUCGGAGGAAGAUAAGAUUAAGUUUGAAAAUCACCUUCUUAGAUCUUAUCUUUCUAGCAGUGGGGCGAAAUGGUGUCCUGCUCCUGACUGCAACUAUGCUGUGUUUUCUUAUGAUGGUGAAGAAGGCAGUGUUACUUGUCAGUGUUCACAUAGCUUCUGCUGGAGUUGUUCUCGGGAAUCUCAUGCGCCUGUUGACUGUAACACAGCCGACAAAUGGAUGUCAGAAGGCCCUCUCCACUCAGAGAUCUGGAUGUUGACUAAUACAGUGGAAUGUCCGGUUUGCAAGUCUCGCUAUGAGAAAGAUGCAUUACCCUAUGUUCAGUGUGAAGCCUGUAAACAUGAAUUCUGCAGUGUUUGUGGUGAUGAUUGGGGUUAUUAUGCGAAACACGGGACUUUAUGUAGUAGCAAUGGAGAUGUUCAAGAGCUCACGAACAAGCUUCAGAGAUACCAGCAUCAUUAUAAGGCGUGGGCUACCUGUGAAUCGUCUAGGACAAACGCACUGUCGGAUCUGAAGGUGUUUCAGGACUUGCAGCUUGAUGGUCUGUAUGGCGUAUUUGGCCUCCCUUUAGCAGAGUUCAACUUCAUUGUUGAGGCUCUUGAACAGGUUGCUCAAUGUUGGCAAAUCUUGAAAUGGACAUAUGUAUAUGGAUAUUAUUUGUCUUCUGAUAAACGCGCAAAGGAGGAGUUCUUGGAGUUCAGACAAGAACAUGCAAAACAUUUUUUGAACAGGCUUCAUAAGCACGCUGAGGAACGUCAGGAUUUCCUGAACGGAGAUGGUGUUUUUCUCUUUGUACAGUUCAGGGGUUUCCAGAACAGGCUAGCUACGCGUACCAGGGUUGCAAGAAAGUACUUUCAUGGAUUGUUGGAGGAUAUAAUGAACGGGCUGCCAGAAGUGGGGGUAAGCAUCCCAAAGUUCAGCCCGAGUCAGAUAUCAGUAAAGCAAGAAGAGGAAAGCAACAACAGUGCCUCCCUGAUGAAUCCGGAUGAACUUUGCGGGCCGGGCUCAAACCCGAGUCUGAUAUCAGUAAAGCAAGAGGAAAGCAGCAACAGCUCCCUGAUGAAUCCGGAUGAACUUUGCGGGCCGGGCUCAAACCCGAGUCAGAUAUCAGUAAAUCAAGAGGAAAGCAACAACAGCUGCCUGAUGAAUCCAGAUGAACUUUGCGGGCCGGGCUCAAACCCGAGUCAGAUAUCAGUAAAUCAAGAGGAAAGCAACAACAGCUGCCUGAUGAAUCCAGAUGAACUUUGCGGGCCGGGCUCAAACCCGAGUCAGAUAUCAGUAAAGCAAGAGGAAAGCAGCAACAGCUGCCUGAUAAAUCUGGAUGAACUUUGCGGGCCGGGCUCAAACCCGUGCCCGAACGUGCAACAAAAGCGAGGGGUAAAAAACAGCUGCAGUCAGAGCUCGGAAGUCAUGAGAGUGGAAAAAAGUGACACAGACAUCAGAAGCCCGGUUGGCAGCCCGAAAGUCAUGGACAUCAGCAGCAGCCCAGUUGGCAGCAUUUCAUCUGAUGAUGAUGAAUCUGAACUUCAGUCUGAAUUCAAGUCUAAAGUCGUGUUAUGGUAAUUCUGAAACCGGCACUUGAAAUUGUUCUUAGAAUAGGCAUCAGAAAAUACAAACUUUUAUAAAAGACGGUCUUACAUAAAAGACCGCCUUGUUGUCACCUUGCUGCCACGUUGUUGCUGACACAACAUGAUGUCAACCUAUUUUAUUUUAUUUUUCUUAAAAUAUAUAUACCACUUCUCCUUUAUUUUUCAUUUUCUCUCCUCAUACCUCUGUGUUUCUUUCUCUCUCUUCACACCUCUCUCUGCUUCGUUCUCUCUCCUCGAAACCUAAUUCCAUGGCCACCACCACCGAGAGGUGGACCACGAUGGAGGUGCGACGGUGGUUUCUGCUACAAGCUUUGGUCGUGCAGGGAGGCGGUGGACUAAAAGAUGAGGGAGAUCGAGUUCCGCGGUGGUAAAAGGGUCGGAGGAUCUAUGGAGGAUUUCAAGUGAGGGAGGACGGUUGUUUUGGCACGACAGUGUGUGAGAAAUUAUCGGCCUCGCCAUCAACUUCUCUUCGCCAUUCCCCGCCGUCACCAUCAACUCCUCUUCGUCGUUCCCCGCCGUCGCCAUCAACUCCUCUUCGCCGUGAUUGGGUUUUAAGUAGUGUAGUCUCUCCAUAAAUCACUAGACUGAUACAUUGAUUCAUUUAGUUGCGCAAUUUGUAUACUGCACCGAUUGUAUACUGCACCGUUCUCAAUCCAAUCUACAAUUUGUAUAGUACACCGAUUAUUGUUGCAGAUUUGAGAGUUUGAUUAAUUAUGUUGUUUUGUUUAUUUGUUUGUUGAGUUCUUACUGGUUCACUUUUACGAAAGAUUGAUUAGUUUGUUGUGAUUGCAGAAUUCUGAUUACAUUUUUGCAUUUAUGCCUUCUUUUUAUUAAAGUUACACUUUUGUUA